UGGGAAUGUAUUACUUAAAAUACAAAGCUGAGCAGUACAAGCUCCCUCAAAAGUUGACCACAACAAGCCCCUUUUUUGUUGCCCACUUAAAGACAGAGAAUGAUAAAGUUGCAAAAAAGAAGAUCACUGUGGACGAGGCUGCAGAUGAUGAUGCUAUAAUGACUGAAAUCUUAGGAAGUAGAGAAGAUGUCUCUAGUGCAUGGUCUGAAGUAGAUUUUGUCUACAUGCCAGUGAACAAUGGAAACCACUGGGUGUUAGUGGUUCUUGAUUUACAAAGCAGGAUGAUAAGGGUUUAUAACUCUAAAUGCAGAAGAGGAGAGUCCCUGAGAGAUAUUGGCGAAUUUCUACAAGGCUUGACAAGUCUACUGCCAAAAAUCUUGGACAAGUAUGGUGUGUAUGAUGGAAUUGGUGGUGGAGAUAUGGGUGAAAAACAAUUUCAGAUUGAAGGUGUAGAAAAUUGUCCCCAACAGAAUGACAGUGGAAACUGUGGAAUGUUCUUGCUAAAGUUUGCGGAAUUCUUGAUGAUGGGAAGGGACAUCAACGAAAUCAAACCUGAAGACAUGCCUAUGUACAGGAAGAAAAUGGCAACGGAGUUAAUGAUGUACAAUGAAAGAAGGACCAAGGAUUCAGUGAAAUAAGCAACAAGAUGCACUUGCUUAUAUGUAAUGCUGUGGGAUAAUUGACUUAGUAAUCACAAUAUGGCCGUUUGAAACACUUUCUUUUUAAUGUUUAGCACACAUGACAAUGGGGUACUGAUGUAUUUUGCUUAAAUUGUAUUUGGCUAAUAUCUUGACAUUGCUACUUAUAUUUGGAAUGUAUUUACGAUGCUGAUGCACUUUUGUUGAUAUUGGGACAUAUGUAAUGCUAUUCUUUUAAAAGGAUAUAUGUGUCCUAAA